AUGGGGACAGACAACUUUGUUGCUGUGGAUAACAAUAGAUACGAGAGUGUACUCAGUGAUCACCAGAGACAGUCAGAUCACACCUACAGCUGUACAGCCAGUCUGAUGUUCACCCCGACACUGACAGAGGACCAGGGGUCAGAAUUCAACUGCAGAGUGCAGCACUGCAAUAUGGAGGAGACCAUAGAGAAAAGAACAGGACCUCUACAAAUCAUAAUGACUCCACAGGUGAUAGAGCCUGUGAGAUUCUCCCUCAGUGAUUCAGGAGAGGUGAAGUGUUCCCUGACUCUGAAGAGAUUCUACCCUCAGGAUAUUUCCAUCACAUGGAGCAUGGGAGAACCAGAAACCGAGCUGAUGUCUGAUGGCACACCAGUCAUUUCUGAGGAUGAUGGAACAUUUGAUGUUACAAGUGUGUGCACACUGCCCCGGGAUCUCCGCUUUCCUGUGUAUGUGAUGUGGAAUCAUCAGUCAGUGAGACAACCUCAGAGGACCGUACUGAGGACAUCAGAUCUUCCUUGGCGCCCCCAGAUUGAAGAACUAAAUUCAUCCGACCUAAAACUCAACACUGAAUCCAAAAUACAAGUAAAAAUCUCUGGAUAUUUCCCUGAUGAUCUGAGUGUGAGCUGGUAUAAGAAGAAUGAGGAGACAGAUGACCUUGUAUCUGUUGGCAAUGACAAUAAAUACAAGACUGAAGUCAUUGGACACCAGAGACUGCCAGAUCACACCUACAGCUGUACAGCCAGUCUGAUCUUCACCCCGAUACUGCCAGAGGACCAGAGGUCAGAGUUCAUCUGCAGAGUGCAGCACCCUAAUAUGGAGAAGCACCUAGAGAGAAGAAUUGGACCCCUACAAUUCAUGAUGACUCCGCAGGUGAUAGAGCCUGUGAGAUUCUCCCUCAGUGAUUCAGGAGAGGUGAAGUGUUCCCUGACUCUGAAGAGAUUCUACCCUCAGGAUAUUACCAUCACAUGGAGCAUGGGAGAACCAGAAACCGAGCUGAUGUCUGAUGGCACACCAGUCAUUUCUGAGGAUGAUGGAACAUUUGAUGUUACAAGUGUGUGCACACUGCCCCGGGAUCUCCGCUUUCCUGUGUAUGUGAUGUGGAAUCAUCAGUCAGUGAGACAACCUCAGAGGACCGUACUGAGGACAUCAGAUCUUCCGUGGCACCCCCAGAUUGAAGAACUAAAUUCAUCCGACCUAAAACUCAACACUGAAUCCAAAAUACAAGUAAAAAUCUCUGGAUAUUUCCCUGAGGAUCUGACUGUGAGCUGGUAUAAGAAGAAUAAGGGGACAGAUGACCUUGUAUCUGUUGGCAAUGACAAUAAAUACAAGACUGAAGUCAUUGGACACCAGAGACAGACAGAUCACACCUACAGCGGUACAGCCAGUCUGAUCUUCACCCCCACACUGAAAGAAGACCAGAGGUCAGAGUUCAUGUGCAGAGUGCAGCAUCCCAGUAUGGAGGAGCCCAUAGAGAGAAGUAUAGGACCCCUACAAAUCAUGGGUAAGUACUCUACAAUGACAGCCUAUAACUAUUAG